UCCUCUAGAAAGAGGGACUCAACCUCUCCACCCUCACUUUACACUUUUCCUCUCUUUAGACUUUCUUUUCCUCACUUUACACUUGUCGGAGUAUAAUCGAGGGACAUCCCCUGUUUUUUCACAGGUUCCUCCCUUUCAUACUAGAUCAGACGAGCAGAUCGCGAUGUCAAGUCUCACACAAUCACAAAUCAUUGUUCUGUGUCGCGAGUUAGAUGAGAGAGACCAUAGCACUGUACUUGUUACCUUGUCGCGUUGUUUGGUUGUUGUGGCGGAAGAUGGAGGAGGAGCUGAUGAAGGUCGCUCCCUGCUCCUCCCUCGCCGUCGACUCUAUUCUUCGAGUAGGAACGGCAGGUCUCAUCUGGGGUUCUUGCAUCGCUCCCUACGAUGCCCGUAAACAAGGCCUGACUGCCGCUGCUCGGGCUUCUUAUGUAGUAUGUUCUCUCUAUCUCUCUCUCUUGUUAACUCGGGUUCCGAAUUCGAUUUUGGACGUGCUCUCUGUAAUAUUCGGGUUUCCUAAAAUUUUACAGGCUAAGACGAUUGGUGGGCAUGGUUUGAUUUGCGGGCUGGUAGGUGGAUGCUUCUCUGGUACACGUUGUGCACUUCAGAGAUAUAGGCAGAAGAAUGAUUGGGUAAACACUUUAGUAGCUGGAGCUGCAGCAGGGGCUGUUGCUGCUGCGAGAACUCGAAGCUUGCCGACUGUGGUUAUGUCAGCAGGUGGGGCUUCUGUCGUCGCUGCUAUGGUUGAUUACUCCACAAGCCUUUGAAGGAAGCAGCGGCUAAUUGUGGGCGACAAAAGCUGGAAGAGAAAGAGAUGUAAGAUAGAUUAGAAGCAAGGUGAAACCCUUUGUUCUUGAAGAACCUGUUUUUAGCCCUCUUCCUAGCUUAGAAUUUUACUAUGAUGUUUCCUUUGGCUAGAUACAGAAUGUGCCAUACCCAUCAGUCACUUGAGUGUUGUUCACUGAAAACCAAUGUUUAAGAAACACUACCGUGCCGGCAGGUCAGACAGUAAAUACCGGAUACUGGACACAAAUCAGUAGGCGGUUUUAGCCUUUGAUCAGGAACGUGGAUUCAGUGUAGCAAACCUGUGGAACCGGAUGCAUGUUAGAAAAGACUCUAGGAACUAGUAAUGAAUGCCAGCAGUCCUUGGGGGAGAAGAACAACAUAUCUGGGUUUACAACUUGUUUGCAUAGUCAUGUGUGGGGCUUUCCCCUGCGGAGUUUUUGGUCUGGGGAGAUAAAAAUAUCAUUCACUGGUGCAAUGUCAAGGUGUUGUGCGUACCAAAAUGGGGAC